AUGUCGGCAAUGCCCUCGUCAUCGUUUGACUCGAAAGAGGUGUCUGUCACGACUACGACGAAGGUGCCGAUCCCGACAAAAACACAGCAUGGAACAAGUAGAGCUUUAGAUGCGGGUGGCGCAAUAGAGUAUACGAAGGGAGACACCGUUACCCAUGGAACUGCUCAAUGGACGAAGAAGGAAGAGGAGGAGUUGGUUCGAAGGCUCGAUCGUGGUAACUUCGGACAAGCACUUUCGGGCGGAAUGCUUGAUGAUCUCGAUCCAUCAACCAAUCAAUAUAACUACGGCAUGACGAUAUUCUAUAUUUGCUUCCCGUGUGCAGUCUGCAGAGGUGCCCUCACAAAUGGUCGCUACUGUGUACUUAAAAAGCUCGGUCCCGAUAUCGGACAGGUGGACGGUAUGGUUGCCUUAUGCCUCCGGCGGUCUUCCCUUUGUGUUGACGAUAGGGUGGAGCCGCCCCUGCCCUGCGCGCCGACGGCCGAGGGCGGAGUGUUUUCUCGGGCCGAUUAUUCCCGGUCUUGGCCAUGGCCCAAGCGGGGGUCCAAGCGCUUUUUGGGAUCUGGCGGAUGCCCCGACUGGCGACCUUCGCGAAGGAGGCAGACUUCGUCUCACGGCUGUUGUUCGGUUCGGACUUCGGAGGGGUGUCCAUCCGAUUUCACGGAAGAGGCCGUCUUCAUGUAG